GCAACUUUAGCGAUGAGACCCAAAAACGUGAACGCCAUCUAGGUUUUAGUCUCCAGCCAUAAGCAUAAGGUUAAUUCACUUCGAAUUCAUAUCGCAACACAUUGAUAAUUGAUUUGAUUGAGAGCAGUUAUGAAAACAGAUUUGCACUCACUUAUUUCACUUUUUUUUUACACAAAACAAGGUAUGAUGAUCCUAAAGUACUCUUAAUAAUUGCCAUUUAUUUCCGCAAAUGAAUGAGAACGGGUGUAAGUUAUGAUCUAAGUACUCCUGGACAAACCAUGCCUCCCAAAAACUUGAAGUAAUUUCUUGCAUCCGUCGGUGCUUAUUUGAAAGAAAAUGAUAGGCCAUGGCAAACGAAAGUUGCAAAAAAGUGUCUGCAUGACAGCACAAAGCAUAUAUUGAAAGUCAACUCUUUUCCGCCAGAGUUCGUCAGUGCAGUGGACAUCCAUGUUUCGCCCGCUACUCGACUGGAGGAGCGCUUGUAGGUUUCCGUCUUUCUCCUAGUAGGCCUGCCAGCUAGGUCUGCCUAAUGCCUAUAGAUGCUCUAGGCAAUGAAUCCAGUGUCUCUAGGUCUGCCCUCUGCUAAUGAAUUGCAGAUUGUAGCCUCGGCUUGACGACCUUGGUUCAACGUAAGUGUUCUAAAACGACUAUCCCUUUGGGGAUGCAUUGAACCUGUUUCCUCCGAGUUUUCCACAAAGCAGGAACUCAUUUUCCGUGUUCUUGUUCGAUAAAGUUAGUAUAUUAAAAUAGUGCCUCACAACCUUCACAUGGCAACGCAUUCAACGACCACUAGCAUUUUAGUGCUCGGCAUUGAAUAUUUCAUUAUCAAUGUUUUUAGUGCUUGUCGAACAACGAGACCAAAUGGGACUCAGAUUGCUGCAGUUCCACUUUGAACCUAAACGAGCUUUACUCGCCUAUCGGCAAUAUGGCCGCAGAUUCCAAGUGUGAAAUGGACUUGGCCGCACAAAAGCGCCACGAGGUAAAACGGUCGUUAAUAUGUAGUGUUUGCGGAGCUCAAACUGGAAGCUAUCAUCUGAACUAUGGGGCCAGUACUUGUUUGAGUUGUCGGGCCUUCUUUCGGCGAACCGUUCAAUGUGGGGAUGAUGUGAAGUUUGUGUGCAAAGGUGAUGGUCAGAAUGUAUGCCGGAUCACGGAGAAGAACCGGAAGAAGUGUAAAUUGUGCCGCUACCGUGCUUGUGUGGCAGCAGGUAUGCAAGGGAAUCAAGUCAUGUCCUCGGAGGAUAAGAAAAGUUGGUUCCGGAAGAUGAACAAGAGGAAAGACAUAAAAGACAAAUCUGAUCCUGAGUCCCCAGAGGUCUCCUCAAAAGGGCUCCAGUCGGUCAGAUCUGUCCGGUCCAAAGGCCGGACCAAAUCAGGCACUGCGAGCUCGUUGUCGGAUGCCUGCUCUGAUAGUAAUCAAGACACCCCUGUCUGCAGUACAAUGACCAACAUCGGCAGCACGGUAGACAGAAGUUCGGCCUCAAACUUUGCAGUUGCGACUUCCCCGCCCAUGAGCCAAUCGACCGUGUUUAGCAACCAGACAUCUCCAGAACCUAUGGACAACCUAAAACAAUCCAUUGAAACAAUCAAGGCAGAAUUCGCUUACGCCGUAAGCCAAGUCUGCUUUGACCCUGUCCUGGUGGAGAGUAUGUACGUUCAGGGGGAUCAGACUAGGUUGACGAAGAAAAUGCUCAAGAACCAUUUGGACCUGAUUCAGAAUGUUUGGGCUCAUUUCUGCCGAGGAAACAUGGACUUUUGGUCCCUGUCUUCUUUCGAUCAGGCCCGACUCCUCACUGAGAACGGCACCAUGUUUCAAGUUGCCGUACUGUCGAGAUUUUGCUGCUCUUCAUACCGCUUGGAGCAAUUAGAUUGGCUAUUUUUGGGACAAAAGAUGUAUGGUGUCAGUCUGGGCACUGAUUUGGUCAACUUCAAUUUCUCCUUGUGGAAUAGCUCGAAUGGACUGUUGCCCAAUGUGACGCAGCUCUUGGAGACUUUGAACCUCAUGGGAGACAUUUGCGGUCUCCCGCUGUCAAUCGACUGCUUGGGUAUUCUGGCUUAUGCCUGUUUGUUCCACACAAACAACUCCUCUGACCCCUUGUAUGAGAAUCCCGAUGUCAUAUUCAACUAUGCUCUCAAAGCCUCGGCCAUGGCAGACUAUGCCCACAUCAACAGGCACCUUCUCCAAUGCCACCUUGACAGCUUGAAAGAAAUGUCCCUCUCCAUGACCACUUGGGUUUGGAGCCAUCCCAUUGAAAUCAAAGAAAUCGGCCAUUCUUACGGGGAACUGGACGAAUCCCUACUCCAACAAGAGUUCAAUACCAUGGACAGGAUCUUCAAGGAGGUGCCAUUGGGCCAGGACGUGGUGGAAGAGCUCAUUGCUUAUGCCAUGGAUGUGCCCGUGUCUAAGGGCUUCAUGCGUCGCGCCAUUGUGACGUGGAAACGGCGCUUCACCAUCAUCAUGAAGCAACACUGGGAGUUCCUCUCCCUUUCAGACCGAGGCCAAGCUGUUCUCGUGGAGAAGGCGUGUAUGCCCUCAUUUGGAGUGGCCAAGCUUUGGAGCGAGAACCUCCCAAGUGUGCGGGCUCAAAUCGAGUUUGCCUUGGGAGUGUCGGACAUAUCCUUCCUCAUGGAACGGGUCUCGCCCAUCUUGCCCUCAUUCACCCCCAAGAAGCUCACUGUCCAAGGGUUGAACAAGUCGGCCAAGUUAGCCGAUGUGAACGUGGUGGCGCGCUUCGAGCAACUUAAGCUGGAUCUCAACUACAUCGUUACUAAUAUUGAAUUCUACAAAAUUAUGUUCCUCAUGAGCCUGUUCUUGCCGGCAGCUCAACUGUUCCCUAAUGAACCAGUGGCCAAACUAAGUACCAAAUACCUCCACAUCCUCUUGCGUCGCUCCCAAUUCCUGGCCCUUGCCGAUGAGGCCACCAUCAAUCGGUCGAUCAGGUUGAUUACCGAGAUUGGUGACAUAAUCAAAAUCAUCUUUGGAAUCCCUUCUAAAUGUCAAACCUCUCCGCUGAAUUCUUCCCCUCUCUAAGGGGAGAUCGCUUUAAUUUUAAAUGAUACAAAAAACUUACUCAAAAUCAAAUUCUAUCCUAAUUAAUGGUCUGCCUACAACUACAAUGGGAUCAAAAUGCAUGUAGCUCAACGGCAAUCUAAUAACAUUCCCUUGGUUCAGAUGAUGCUCAAGAUUAAGGGAAACGACAAUCCCCAAGUUCAAAAAGUAAUCAACUUCAAAAGAGGGUGUUUUAUGUGUGCCAGAACACAUUAUAUAUGACCCUUAAACGCAUACCUCCUCAAAACAGACUCUGUACCUCUUAAUGUGAAUCGCUCGGGUUAUCUCGUUUCGACGACGUGAUAUUGUUAUGGCUUCAGGCUGAACAAUUCCAGUCAUUGGCAUGACUAAUUUUUGUUGUACCUUUUAACUUCUUGCAAAUAAUACCAAAAAGCUGUGAAUUAUGUUUUGGAAUGAAUAACUUGUUUAAGAAUUCAUAGCCUCCAAUAAACCACCACCGUUUUCAAUCGCUAUUGUUGUGAUUGGAACGAUUUAUGUGUUCA